CGUUUCAUUGAAGGAAUAGCAAUUAUAGUUGCGUCAAAAGAUGGCGACCGAUCGCCGAAGUGGAGGAAUAGAACGUGUUUUGGCGAAGUGUCAAUCAUGUGUGGAAGCUGGAAAUUAUUACGAGGCACAUCAGAUGUACAGAACAUUAUAUUUCAGAUAUAAAGGACAGAAGAAGUAUGCAGAAGCUGCCAGUCUUCUUUACCACGGUGCUCUAACAUUGAAGAAAUAUGACCAGAUAUCCAGUUUUACAGACUUGUGUUCCCUUUUAAUCGAGCUCUUGAAUCAGUCGGAGACACCAGUGUCUGAGGACAUUAUAGAAAAAAUAAUAACAUUGUUUAAAGAAAUGACACCCAACAGUGAAGAGAGGCAAACGUUUGUAGUAUCGGCCGUUCAUUGGACCAUGAAGGUCAGUGCGGAACACAAGCGAGGGCAUCCAGACCUCCACCAAAAACUGGGACUGUCUUUCUGGGAGGAAAAAAAUUAUGUUCAAGCCAGGUACCAUCUGGUACACUCACAAGAUGGCAAGAACUGUGCCUUGAUGUUAGUCGAGUGCCAUGUACAGAAAGGGUUUCCUAAUGAAGUGGACCUGUUUAUAGCACAAGCUGUUUUACAAUUUUUAUGUCUGAGAAACAAGGACACAGCUCAGGUGGCGUUUGUCAAAUACACAGAGAACCACCCCGAUGUACAGAGUGGCCCCCCUUAUGUACACCCACUCCUUAACUUCCUGUGGUUCCUACUAUUGGCAGUGGAAGGAGGAAGAGUAGCUGUGUUUUCUAUUUUAUGUGAAAAAUACCAAACAUCAAUUAACCGAGAUCCUUCCUAUAGAGAGUAUUUAGACCAAAUAGGACAGUUAUUUUUUGGACUCCCCCCUCCCCCAAAACAAUCUCAGGGUUUUCUUGGAAAUCUGCUGCAGAGCAUCAUGGGAGGUGAUGAAGACGAGGAGUCUAUGCAGCAAUCUAGGUCAUCUGGUGGCCCUACCCCGGGACCUGCCCCACAAAGCUCUGCCCCCACACCCACUCCAGCUCCUGUGGAAUUGGAUUAACAUAUUGCCAUGUCUGUGUUAUUGAUAACUUAUGUACUAUUUAUUUAAGACAGAUUUUUAUGAGAUAACUUCUUCUCUGUGGGUUCGCGAGAUGUAAUGGCCUGUGGUUAACAGGGCCCACACAAGUAAACUUACACUGUUUUCAAUGUACAGUAAAUAAUGGUUAUAGCGAACAUGAUUAUAAUGAAAUGCAAUUACAGCAAAGGAUUUCCAUUCCAUGUUACUUUACUACAUGUUGUAAACUUGACGGAUAUAGCGAAUUACGCUUAUAAACAAGCAAAAUGGCCCGUCCCUGACACUUAGUUAUAAGAGUGUUUUACUGUUCACAAUUCCUGUUAUUUAUUUUAUCAUUUUUAUGACUCAUAAGAAGAAAUUCUCUGGUGUAACAUUUUAAAAACAAAACACAAACAUUGGUAUGGAAAAGGAGCUGACAAAUUUGUCUCUAGUUGUCAGGUGAUCCUUUGUAUGAUUAUUAUUUUUUCAUCUUCGAGCCUUGUUUAAUGACAUGACAUUUUUUGAUAAUUUAUGAAAAAGAGUGAUUGUGACGUCAGUCAUAAAGCAGACAACACACCUUAACAUCUUCUCAUCCAGCUGUGUUUAAACAUUUGCAAUAAAAAGGUCAAUGGCAAUUGGAGGGUAAAUUGGAAGGGGGGUUGAAAUUAUGUAUUGAAACGCACAACUUUGUCUCUUUGAUUUCGUUGUGUGUCUGAUAUUUCCCACGCUGACCCCCAGCACUAGACCUGUGCUGGUCCUGUAACGACACAAGAGUUGUCUCUCUUUGAUUAGUGCCAUCUACCGUCAUCUGGCUCUGUAUGGUUCGUGCGUGGAAUGUUGCAUAUCAUUCUGUUAACUUUUGGUGACAUCCACUAGACUUAAGAAUUGUCUUCAGCACAAGUUUUUAAGAGAUUUUCUCAUUGUUAUUCAAAGUAAGUUGAUUUGGUGGUCUAACGAAAAAACGUUAACAUGUGCAUGUACAUGUACAUUUUACAAAGUGUACAUUGUGAACAUAAAUAAAUAAUGUUCAUUUGAAAAUAAACAUUGGAAAUGGAAAUUUUAUUUAGUUACUCGCUUGUUAAUCUGUGUAUAUACAUGGUUUAUAAGAAUAAACGCGAUGAAAAUUUA